CAUAACGGCACCCGGCAGGCCGAAGCUGAGCAGGCAAGCUUCUCAGACGUGCGCCAGCCGCUCGUACGCGCGUUAGCCAUGCCGCUUGCAGCAUGCAGCCCAUAUACUUAUACCACGGUGGACGGCGCUUGUCCUCUUCAACGACUUGUCGCGUCGGACGCCCUUUGCGUCGCAUCGCGGGGGUUUCCUCAUCGGCCUAACCCAGUCGCAAGCAAAUUCCCGGCGCCUAAUGUCGAACGUCGCCCGCGCCAUCGCCGCCCGCUCGUCAUCGAGAUCGAUCACCGCCCGCUUUGCCGAAUUUGCGCGUGCGAAGGGCUUGACGAACAAGACAAAGGACGCGGAUGAGCGCAAGCGCUACCGGGAAGAGCGCAAAGAGUUCUUCGGCAAGGCGGUGAACGAAGGUUUCGAGAGAAACUUCGGAAAGAACGAGGUGUCUCUGGAGGCAUGGCUGGGGUUGUGCAAGACGGUGGGGCUGAAGGACGUGAAGGGCCUUACGGACGUCGAGGCGUGCAAGAAGGCCCUGAAGGACAGAUACGUGAAUAUUGUGGACCUUGUGGACGCUGCUGAGGCACGCAAAACGUGCACGACCUUCACGUCGGCAGCGAAACUACGUACUUACACAAGGGGAGAGAAAAUAUACCCCCUGAGAGCAGCGGAGCGCAAUCCCCUAUUGGAGACGUUUCUCAUCAGGCUGACGCCUGAACCGCCCAAAAGCCAACCGGCGAAAAAGACAGCAUCGAGCCGUCGGAAGCCUUGAGGGCACACUUGUAGCAUAUCCCUGUAAAUCGUGUAAACAUCCUGUACUUCACGCUCGUAAGCAUUGUAUACGAUCUCUCGAGGCCUCACCUUGGAGCAUUCGCGCGCGCAUGCCAAGGGCAUGAGCAGCGCAGAAGCUAGGAGGCCGAAAAAGCGAUAUUCAGCC